AGCAAAGUCAUUCCUCCUCGGUUUUCCACCAAAUAAUGAGUGUGCUUGCUUUAAAAAGAAAAAUGUAAAUUUGUUUUCAGCAGUAGUAAAUAAAAAAGAGAGUAGAUUUUGAUAAAAUAAAAGAUUGCAAGUAGGAUAGGAGAGUAGAUCGCUGUCCGAGUUGACUUGUAUGUAUUGUAUCAUCUUCUUCUUCCCAUCGAAUUCAUGUCUUCGUCGCUAGUCUAGUUAGAUCUAUCAAUAUCAAUAUCAAUAUUCUUGAAGAAAACAAGUACUAGUAUUGGAUGAGGAAACUGAGCUGAGUGCUGGGGAUUUUGAUUGUUUGAUGGGCAACGCAUGCCGUGGAUCUUUCGGAGGCAAAACUUUUCAGGGCUACCCUCAGCCUCAAGAUCACUCAGAAUCCAAUUCCAAUCCCAAACAUAAUUCCGAUUCCCCCAACCCAAAAAAAGAACAACAACCCCUCGUCACCAUGAAUCGUACAAGCACUAACCAGUCCUAUUACGUCCUCGGUCAUAAGACCCCUAACAUUCGUGAUCUAUACACCCUCGGCCGCAAACUAGGACAAGGCCAGUUUGGCACCACUUACUUAUGCACCGAAUUGUCUUCCGGUAUCGACUACGCCUGUAAAUCUAUUGCCAAGAGAAAACUCAUCUCUAAGGAGGAUGUAGAAGAUGUCAGGAGGGAAAUUCAGAUAAUGCACCAUUUGGCUGGUCACAAAAACAUCGUUUCCAUCAAGGGUGCUUAUGAGGAUCCUUUGUAUGUUCAUAUUGUCAUGGAACUUUGUGGUGGCGGUGAAUUGUUUGACCGCAUAAUUCAAAGAGGACACUACACCGAGAGAAAGGCUGCCGAUUUGACGAAAAUUAUUGUGGGUGUUGUUGAGGCAUGCCAUUCACUUGGAGUUAUGCAUAGAGAUCUCAAACCUGAGAAUUUCUUGUUGGUUAACAAGGAUGAUGAUUUCUCUCUCAAGGCCAUUGACUUUGGACUCUCUGUAUUCUUUAAGCCAGGCCAAAUUUUCACAGAUGUUGUUGGGAGUCCAUACUACGUUGCUCCUGAGGUGCUUUUGAAGCAUUAUGGUCCAGAAGCAGAUGUUUGGACAGCAGGGGUCAUACUCUAUAUCCUGCUAAGUGGAGUUCCACCAUUCUGGGCUGAAACACAGCAGGGGAUAUUUGAUGCAGUUCUGAAAGGGCACAUUGAUUUUGACUCAGAUCCUUGGCCUCUAAUAUCAGAGAGUGCAAAGGAUCUCAUCCGGAAGAUGUUAUGCAUGCGACCCCCAGAGCGGUUAACUGCUCAUGAAGUAUUAUGUCAUCCUUGGAUUUGUGAAAAUGGUGUUGCUCCUGAUAGAGCACUUGAUCCUGCAGUACUUUCUCGCCUCAAACACUUUUCUGCAAUGAACAAAUUAAAAAAGAUGGCUCUGCGGGUGAUUGCUGAAAGUUUGUCAGAGGAGGAGAUUGCCGGUCUUAAGGAGAUGUUUAAGGCCAUGGAUACUGAUAACAGUGGUGCAAUUACAUUCGAUGAACUAAAAGCUGGUUUGAGAAAAUAUGGCUCUACUCUGAAGGAUAUAGAGAUACGGGAACUUAUGGAUGCGGCUGAUGUGGACAAUAGUGGAACUAUUGACUAUGGAGAAUUCAUAGCAGCAACAAUUCACCUUAACAAAUUGGACCGCGAGGAACAUCUCAUGGCAGCAUUUCAGUAUUUUGACAAGGAUGGAAGUGGUUAUAUUACAGUAGAUGAGCUCCAGCAGGCUUGUGCAGAUCAUAACAUUACAGAUGUAUUCUUUGAGGAUAUUAUCAGAGAAGUUGAUCAGGAUAACGAUGGACGUAUUGAUUAUGGAGAAUUUGUUGCUAUGAUGCAAAAAGGAAAUCCAUGCAUAGGAAGACGAACGAUGCGAAAUAGUCUGAAUUUCAGCAUGAGAGAUGCGCCUGGAGCUCAUUAGCUUUUUGAAUGGACACAUGAUGUAGUUUGCAGGUUUUUACAGAUAAUAGAGCAGAGGCAAUGAAAGUGCCGUAACAAUGUCUGGUACUCUGUUCUAAAAGUAGUAUGCCAUGCUCUCAAGUAUAACUAGAAGAGCUUGUAGACUGUGCCUCAACAAAAUGUGAAAUCUCUGUCGUGUGUGAAAUCAUUUCAGCUACCUAGUGUUCUUUAGUUGAGGCUUCAUGCUUGCUUCAGUUAGAAGGUGGUUCACCUUGAGGUGUAUCCUUGUCAAUUACAUAAUUAUGUAUUUUACCCAUGGGUUUUUCUCUAUCGGGAGAUUGUUUUUAUGGAAAAGAACACGAUUUGUUGUAACAAUUUACGCAAGCUAUAUUUGCAGAACAUGGUCAGUCAUUUAUGAUGACGUGCUUAAUUAUUCUCAACAUA